AUGUCGAAUUCACCAGAAACAGGGCCGACCACUAGCGGUCAUAAACGUCCCCGUAGCGACGACGUCGAUGGAGACGACGCCGUACCUCAGCAGGACAUCCCCGACAAUGCCAGUGUUCCCAAGCCAAAGCGGUUGGCCUGCAUGAUAUGUCGGAAGCGCAAGCUCAAGUGUGACGGUGUACGACCCAGUUGUAGUACUUGUUCUCGUCUCGGUCAUACUUGCGCCUAUGACGAACAGCGAAGGAAGAGUGGCCCUAAGCGCGGCUACGUGAAGGCCCUGGAGGAGCGACUGAAACAAGUCGAAACACUGUUGAAAACCCAGGAACCUCCCCAAAAUGUCCCCAAGCCCGUUAACGUCGCCAUGUCUGGUCCGCCUCAAACAGCAUCUCCUGCAAACCUCAACAUUUCGAAUGCGCCGAUACAUCUAACAGGAGACCACAAUAUGGACCAACAAUGGAACUUUACUGAUAAGUCGCCACAGCAAGGUGUCAUGGAAGAUUUCAACUUCAAUGCCAGUAUGGAUAUGGGCAUGAACAACGUUGGAGGAACCUUCACAUGGGAAAUGAUUGGUCUAGGCCUCGAAGAACCUCUGCCACCACAAGAUACAAUCGACGAGCUUCACCAGAUCUACUUUGAAAAGGUCCACCCAUCUAUUCCGAUGAUCCACAAGUAUCGUUAUCUUGCCGCUAUGAACCUGUACCGGCCGCCUGUUUGUUUGCGAUAUGCUAUGUGGACUCUUGCAUGUACGAUCACAGACAAGUACGCGGAUUUGAAAGACCUCUUUUACCGAAGAGCGCGUAAGUAUGUCGAAGCGGAUUACAUCAAAGGCUACGGAGAGCACAUGAUCUCCAUUGCUCAUUGUCAAACACAUACUCUCUUAGCCUCGUAUGAGAUGAAGAUGAUGUACUUUCCUCGAGCCUGGAUCAACACGGGCUCUGCCAUCCGCCUUGCCCAAAUGACUGGGCUUCAUAGAUUAGACGGGACGGGUCUCGAUGUAAAGCAGUGCCUUGCACCUCCCAAAGACUGGACAGAACGAGAGGAACGACGCCGAACAUUUUGGAUGGCCUUCUGCCAAGAUCGCUAUGCCAGCAUUGGCACUGGGUGGCCCAUGACGAUCGAUGAGCGCGACAUUAUGACAAACUUGCCAGCCUCAGAAGAUGCAUAUAACAUGAGCAGGCCUGAACAGACACAGUCCCUGUCCGAGUGCACCAGCCCGAUGGGCGCGGGUAAGCUCUCUUCUUUUGGCGGCAUCGUACUCAUGGCUUGUCUGUUUGGCAGAAACUUGGUACAUCUGCACCGCCCUGAUGCCGACGAUCUUGACCACGAUCUCAAUGGUCCAUUUUGGAAGCGACACCGACAAAUGGACAAUAUAUUGCUCAACACAUCUCUCUGCCUCCCACCACAACUUAAGCUUCCGACUGGUCUAUCUAACCCUAAUAUUGUUUUUACAAACAUGAGCAUACACACGUCAACCAUCUGUUUACACCAAGCAGCCAUUUUCAAGGCGGAGAAAAACAAACUGCCAGCGUCGGUCAGCGCUGAGAGCAAAGUACGAUGCAUCACAGCUGCCAAUGAGAUCGCCAGCAUUAUGCGCAUGAUCUCUCACAUGGACCUUUCGACAGUUAACCCGUUUAUAUCAUUCUGUCUAUAUGUAUCUGCGCGAGUAUUUGUGCAAUACCUAAAGAGCCGCCCAGAUGAUAGCCAAACAGCUGACUCGCUACGAUUUCUGCUCUCAGCAAUGAAUGCGCUGAAGCGGCGAAAUCCGUUGACGGAGUCGUUCCUCGUCCAGCUGGAUGUUGAUCUGGAGGCUCUUGCGUUGAGAAUUCCCAAGCUUAAGACUGCUUUCCCACGCAAUCACGACAGCCCCGGCACCACAGGUGCCCCCAGAGGUGCCAAAUGCGACAACCCUGAAGGGUUCCAAGGCAUAACGGCGUAUCGCAACGAAUGCAAUUACAUGAACCCCUCCGAGAACGAUAUGGGCCAGCCAGGACCACCCGAUAUAGUUGAGCCUAACAACGAGAUACCAGGUAUGCCUGCUACAGGCGAUGGGAGUUUUGGAACGCAGGCGUGGAUGUCAACGGAGCAACAAAUGCCAUCAAUUCUUACACCCAGUUCGGCGGCCACUUUUGAGAAGACUGGAUCUGGAAGUCGGGCCGUUUCAGGCUUUGGGGACAUGACAGGUGACAGCCAGGACGCCUCAGGAUCCCCAGACGCGAUGCAAUCAAACCGACCGACACCAAACUCAAGCACAGGAUCCGAUCAGCGGAACCAUCUGGCCCCUGGGCAGAUGAAUAGAUCAGGAGUCAACUCAUUUAACGCAAGUCCUAUGUCGCCGAACCAGACCUUGAUGAACCCAGGUGUACUCGACGGAAGUACACAAGGCUUCUUUGCUGACACAUCUGGGUUCGUUAUCACGCCAGGCCUGGAUCAAAGCGGAGGGUUCAGCAUGCCGGAUGGAUGGGCAGACAUAAACGGACAGACAGGCGUUCCCCAAGUGGGUGAAGGUGUUUUGAGAGCUUUAAUGAAUAUGGGAUCCAUGGAUGCGAUGGAUCUGGGAACGUGGGAAUCGAGGGACAGUUGA